CGUGCCAAGAACCAUCCCUAGCAAAGUCAAAAAAAAAACUUUCUGGCUGCCAAUAUUACAUUAAUUUUUAUCUUCAUAAAAUCCUAAAAGGAAUUGAUGAAGUAAAAGUACCAUAACUUUUAGUAAAACUAGUUUUUGGUAAAAAAUCAAGGUUGCUAUAUUUUUCAUUCGUUUCUCUCGAAGUCUUUAGCAAAGAGGAUUUCUUGGAUAUAAUACAUAUAUAUAUAUAUAAUUUUUUUUUAUUUAGAAAGUUACAAAAUUUCUACAAAUGCCGCAAGAUUUUUCCCAGUUCAAUUUGGAUCCCAGAAUCCAGCGUGCCAUUCAAAAAUGUGGCUUCGCUGAGCCUACUCAAGUACAAAAAAAGGGAAUUCCAUUGGCUUUAGAUGGAAAAGAUUUACUUGUUCAAGCCAAAACGGGCUCUGGUAAGACUGCUGCGUAUUUAAUUCCUAUAUUAGAGCUUUUGUUGAAACAGAAGCAAAUAAAUGAAAAGAAUCGUGGAAUCUUCGGCCUGAUUCUCGUUCCUACAAGAGAAUUAGCUCAACAGGUUUUUAAGGUUUUGGAAAAGCUGACCCUUUAUUGUGGUAAGCAUAUUAAAUUUGUGAAUAUAGCUACAAAUGCCGCAGAUUCGGUGCAACGUCCUCUGCUUCUUGAUUUCCCUGAUAUUGUGAUAUCAACUCCAAGCCGUUGUGUUGUUCAUUUUUCCUCAGGAGCUCUUUCGCUUGAGAAGAUCAAAUUUCUUGUUAUCGAUGAGGCUGAUUUGAUUCUCUCUUUCGGAUAUCAAGACGACAUGUCUAAUCUAAGUAAAGCCCUUCCACGCGGUGUACAGACGCUUUUAAUGUCUGCCACUCUUACUGAAAGUAUCACUUCGUUACGACAAUUGGUAUGUCGUGAUCCAGUUGUUUUACGUCUCGAAGAUAAAGAAGCUGGAGGACAAUUAACACAGUAUGCUGUUAAAACCUCUGAGCAAGAUAAAUUUUUGCUCGCGUAUAUUUUACUGAAAUUAAGGCUCAUCAAAGGAAAAAUAUUGAUUUUUGUAAACGAAAUCAAUCGUUGCUAUCGCUUAAAGCUUUAUCUCGAGCAAUUCGGUAUGAAAAGUUUGGUGUUAAACUCUGAAUUACCCGUCAAUUCUAGAAUGAAUAUCGUUGAUCAGUUUAAUAAGGGUCUUUACCAAAUUAUAAUUGCAACAGAUGAAAGUGAUAAAGUAACAGAAUUGGAUGAAGAAAACGAAGAUCAGCAGGAAGCAACUAACGAAGCUAAUGAGGAGGUAGACUCAAAAAUGGAGGAGGAUGUUAAGGAUAACCAGGAUUCUGGUGAAAAUGGCAAAAAGGCAAAAUCAAAGCAAAAGAAAGCUAUAAAAAAGGAUCGUGAGUAUGGUGUAGUUCGGGGUUUGGAUUUCGAAAAUGUUGCUUGUGUUCUUAAUUUCGACAUGCCAACAACGACCAAAGCUUACAUUCACCGUGUGGGAAGAACUGCAAGAGCUGGAAAACCCGGAACAGCCAUGUCCUUUAUUAUUCCUAAAUCGGAGGUUGGAAAACAUAAGCCUACAACUUUGGCUACUUGCAAGAAAGAUGAGUCCGUCUUAAGACGGUUAAAUAAAAAGGGUAUUGAACCUAAACCUUAUGUUUUUGAUAAAAAGCAAACUGAUGCCUUCCGCUACCGUAUGGAGGAUGCCCUUCGGUCAGUAACUUCCGUUGCUGUUCAAACUGCCCGUGCUGCUGAGUUGCGCCAAGAAAUGUUGGCUUCUGAAAAACUGAAGUCUUAUUUUGCAGAGAAUCCUGACGAAUUGCUAACCUUGACGCAUGAUACCGCAGCUAGCGUUCGAUUGGCCCGCACACAGAGACAUUUGCGACAUGUACCAGAAUAUCUUUUGCCAAAGGGACUUCAAGCUGUAAACAAAGACGUUGGAUUCGUCCCAUUCAAAAAACAAAACAACCGCCGAGCUGCCAAGAAAAAGAAAAAUGCAAAGCAUCGACAUGAUCCUUUGCGUUCAAUGAGAAGGAGUAAAUAGAGUAAUUAUGCAACAGGCAAAGAUAAUGUUUGCAUAUUGUAUAGUUCCUUAUAGACUAUAUGUCGGUCAAUAUAAUGGGAUCAUAUGGAUAUGGGUUUUAGGAAUAUAUUUUUUAGGUUUGUUUAAUAUUAAAAAUAUUUGUAAGGACA